CAUGGGCCGGUACACUGGCAAGACGUGCCGCCUAAGCGUCAUGCUGGUGCUGACGGGCGCCUUCUUCGUGGCCGAGCUGGUGUCGGGCUACGUGGGCAACUCCAUCGCACUGGUGUCGGACUCCUUCAGCAUGCUCUCCGACCUGAUCGCGCUGUGCGUGGGCCUGGCCACGGGGCGCAUCUCGCGCCGCCGGCGCCGCAGCCCGCGGGCCUCCUUCGGCUACGAGCGCGCCGAGGUGGUGGGCGCCCUCAGCAACGCCGUCUUCCUCGCCGCCCUUUACUUCGCCAUCCUGGUGGAGGCGCUGCAGCGGCUGGCGCGCCCCGAGCCCAUCAGCGACGCGGCCCUCAUUCUGGUGGUGGGCGCGCUGGGCCUGGGCGUCAACGUGCUGGGGCUGCUCGUCUUCCAGAACUGGGCCGCUUGCUGCCCCCCCUGCUGCUGCCCGCCCCGCCGCAAGGACUCGCCUCCCAGCCGCGAAGACGAACACCCCCACGGCGGCCCUGCCUUCGCCGCCCCGGAGGGGGCGCCGGGAGGGUCAAACCGCCACGGCCAGGGGGCUGCGGAGGCCUGGAGCGUGGACCAAGCAGGUGACUCCAUAAAUACCCAGAAGAAGGUUGAGGAAGAGGUGAUAAAGAAAAAACAGAAGAAGUCUGAAGCUUUGAAUAUCAGAGGUGUUCUUUUGCAUGUGAUGGGAGAUGCCCUUGGCUCAGUUAUUGUUGUGGUUGCUGCAUCAAUAUUCUAUGUGCUUCCACUGGAUGAGCAGACCCCUUGUAACUGGCAGUGCUACAUUGAUCCUAGUCUCACCAUCAUUAUGGUGAUCAUCAUUCUGACUUCAGCCUUCCCACUUAUCAAGGAGACAGCAGUAAUCUUGUUGCAGAUGGUUCCCAAGAAUGUCAAUAUGCAAAUUCUGGCAAACAAACUAUCGGAAGUGCCAGGCGUUAACAGCAUUCAUGAGGUGCAUGUUUGGGAGCUUGUCAGUGGAAAGAAUAUUGCCACCCUCCACGUCAAAUGUCACACCACUUCCGAUUACCAAGAGGCAUCUUAUAGAAUGAGAGAGGUGUUCCAUGAAGCGGGGGUCCAUUCAGUGACCAUCCAACCAGAGUACACAGACCACAAGAGUCCCGAAAUCCUGUGCAGUGCCCCCUGUAUCUCCAAAACUUGUGAUCCCCAGUUGUGUUGUAGCCAACAAGAAGCAACCUUUGUCCAAGUAGGGAAUGGCUACAAUGACAAAAAUGGCAGCAUCACCCCAUCACUGAAGAAAGCCUAUAAAAAAGAUUCAGUGGAAAUUCCUGUUGAACCCAUGUGGGCAGAAGAUGUUGUCAAAAAGGACAAGUAUAAAAAGAACACUUCCAAUGAAACUGGCAAUAGCAGGCCAUAUGUAUGCAGUACACGAUUUUAGACUGUUCAGCUUAUGUUUUGUAACUAAUCAAGGGCGAAACCUUCUUUGGACAAAGCCCAAAUGUCUAACUAGCAGCUGGAUGGUGGCAGGGCUUGCAGUAUUCCUGGGAAUCAGCCUUUGAAAGCUGGGUAUCAGACAUAAUGUUCAAAUCCUGAUUCCAUGGCAGACGUUCUUGUCCUAAAUCAAAACAUCUUGUUAUUUGAGCAGAAGGCACUUUCACUUGUUCAGGGGGAGGUCAUUGGUUCCCCCUCUCUCUUUACUCCCUCGUUCUCCCUGGAAAGCUGCUGCAGAUCUCAGGGUCCUUUCCUUCUUUC